UGGUUCUCUAUAAAAUAUGUGACGUUGUUUAUGUUGCGAGUCCAUUUGGAUCAAAAUGGCUGUGAUUGAAGUCAACAAAAGGUGCCGUUUUAAUAGUGUUAUGUAGGAAGGCAGUUUAAAUUUAGCAGAAACUUACGAGCUGCGCCUGAAUGCAACGUACGUUUCUCCGGUGUUUUCUUUUUUUUUUCCGCCCCUCCGCUCUUCUACGGUGGUGUCCAUGCUUCAGAGACGACUAACGUAGCGUGCAGGUGUACCAUGACUCUGACAAGAGGAUCUUUCACCUAUGCCAGUGGGGAAGAGUAUCACGGCGAGUGGAAAGAAGGUCGGAGGCAUGGCGUCGGCCAGCUCAAGUUUCAGGAUGGAACCUGCUACAUGGGCCAGUUUGAGAAUGGACUCUUCCAUGGAUCUGGCGUGCUGCUUUUCACAGACGGAUCCAGAUAUGAAGGAGAGUUUGCCCACGGGAAGUUUCAAGGCACGGGAGUCUUCAAUCGAUACGAUGGGAUGAAGUUUGAAGGAGAAUUCAAAGACGGGCGCGUUGAGGGAUACGGGUUAUUGACUUUCCCGGAUGGAACUCAUGGUGCUCCGCGAAACGAGGGCUUGUUUCAAAACCACAAGCUGCAGAAGAGGGAGAAGUGUCCGGGGGUGGUGCAGCGUGCGCAGGCUUCGGCCUCCAACGCUCACAGCCUGGCACUCUGACCGCCGCGGACCCCGGAGGAGACACCGUUCCAGCACUUUCCAGAAGGGCCUCGGGGACUGUGCGCUUAUAUGCUCCCCUUUGGCUCUUCUGUCUGUGUCUUGAUGUCUCUUUUCACCCUCUCUUUUGUUUUUCUGCAUCCUCCUAGCUCUGCCUUACCGGUGACUUGGGAUGUACAUGCAGUCGGACCAAAUAGUCGUUUUCUGGGUGACUGACUUGAAGUACGCGACGCCUAGGAAUCACACUUUUAAAUGACACAAGUCAUGUAAACAUCAAAUGCUGCUGAUUUCAUUAUUAUUUUUUUGUCGUUUUGAGUUUUACACUCAUGAACAGUGUCUUAGAAUAGUUAAUAGCCUUCAUACUUCAAACCAAAACUGAGAGACCUCUUCUUAAAUGCUCGCCCGGUUCUUUAAAGAGUUGGUAAAUAAAGUCUGAACAGGUACUUCAAUAAAUUAACCGUAAAAGUGCUGCAACAUGGCACACAGGCACGAGGAUGCACAUGCGUGAACAGAAGCAUUUGGGCAACAUGAUACAGGCUCUUGUUGAAUAUUUCAUUAUUAUUGUGCUGAUGGAGAAUAAUUGGUGGUAAUGCACCAAAAAUACACAAAACUAUUACUAAAGACAAGUGUGGGCUCACCAAACAAAGACCCAAACGAUGCACUUUUUAAAAAAUAUCUUUAGGUUUGUUUUAUGGAGUUGGAAAUCAUUCAACUCGAUGAAAAACAAACGAAAAACACAACUUUCGUUUAACACUCCGCCAAGAGUCAAUUAUCAGUGAUGCUGCGAGCCUUUAUCAUUCAAGGAAUCCAUCUUGUCGCUGGGCUUCUCUCGUUCCAGAGGAUCAGUAUUCACGUCUGCCUUAAAGACAUUUUUGUACAAGCGUGCGGUCGAAGGGUGUCCGUUCGGAAAUCAGACGACGCACGCGCGCCCUCUCUCCCUUCCCCUCGCCUCUGCAUCACUUGCCCUAAGGUGUCUGUCAUCCUAAUGAGUUUGAGGUCUGUUUGAAGAUUGCCUUCGCUCCGAGAGACACAUUGCUAAGCUGGUGCUGAGUUUUAGCUCCCAUCACUCACAAGUCCGGCUUUCCUCUCUUCCAAUAAACCUCCCGCUCCCAGUGGAAAUCACUGAAGAGGCGAUUUAAGUCAGCCGGAUAAGGUUUUCUCAAGUUUUUUCCAGUUUUUAACCAGACCAGACAUCCUUAAAAACGAUCAAUACCGUCAGUAAAUGCAUUUAAUUACGGACCUAUAUCUUACUUGAGGCAGCUCAAUAAAAGAAUGUAUAAGUGGAAUACACAUUUAAGAGUAUGUCAUGUCAGCGUGUGUGUUUUGUGUCACGUGCAGCGGUGACGUCGUUAAUCGUGUUUGGUGUGACCUUUCGGAUGAAUUGAUGAUCGUCAGAAAUGUGAUUUAUUCUACGGUGUCAUCGAGAAUUUAUUAACCGCUACAGCCGAUCGCAGCUCUUUUGUCAUCACAGAGUAACUCGGUGUGCUUGAACAGUCCACAGGCCGCACAAAGCAUUUUUGUAGAUGUGAUUUAACAAUGGCUGCCUGCAUAGAACUUUAACCAAAGACUAUCAAAUUAUAUGACAGGUACAGCAGCGCCUGAAACAGUCAACCCAAGUUGCAUGUGGUCUUUCUUAUAACUGACCAAUAAAGACACAUCAAUAAGGACGAAUCUGCCGGGGCUUAAGACAGAAGAUUAAACGGGGAAUUGAUAGGGCAGUUGUAAAUAUGCCUCUCGAAAAUUAUUAUUGCAUUUAUUGAUUUUCAUUGUGGUUAUAUUAUGUGAAGAAGAAAAAAGAAAAAAAAUCAAUAUUGUUAGCCCAUGCUGGUGCUUGCUUUGAAUACAGUGUGGAUGCAGUGCGCUACAAAGCCCAAUCAGACAGAUUAGCCAGAACAGAAAAGCAGACCGGCGCAUGUGUCCGUACAGCUAUCUACGAGCGCACUUUAACGUUUACUGUACGUGGAAAAAGGGGAGCGUGUUUUUUCCUCUGCGCCGGAGACGGCGCCUGCUCCGUCACCUGGCUGAGUGAGGCCGAAUGCACUAUAACAGCGCUUCAAACGGGAAACAAAAUGGUGCUUUAAAACUGUGCCUGUCCAGACUUCCACUUGCCUGGAAAAUAUCAUUGCCAUGGUUACCUUUUUUUUUUUUUGUUUGUUGUGCAACAAUGCAAUGUUGAGCGCUCUCGGUGAAAAUAACCGCACUGCAUCCUUUCAUUCUCCUGGAAACAAGUCUGGCUAUGUAUAACUGAGGUGGUAAACAGAGUGGGUGUGGUUAAUAAAGCCUCGUGUUGAAAAGAAAAAA